UCAAACGCGUAAAAAAAUUAAUGUUUCUUUGUAGACUGUUGUAUCUCCUUUUUCAUAAUCUUCACCUUCUCGUUUCGACGUGUUUGUAACAGGUGCAAGCCAGCAUUUUGUGUUUAAUUUUCAGCAGCUGAGGAAACAUUGGACAUCGUUUAUCGUAGAGAAAAAAUUAUUAAAAGCAAGUAUCCGGAGCAAAUGGGUGAAAACUGUACUCAAACCCUAACCACUGCCUUUACUGGGGUUUUGGUCGCGAUAAAUGCCGUUUCUGGUAUUUUAUCAGUAACUGGCAACUCGAUUACACUACUGGCGUUGUACAGAACACCUUCCUUGAAGAAGAACACCUCAAACUUUCUUAUCGCGUCAUUAGCUUUUGCCGAUCUAACUAUGGGCCUGUUUGCCAACUCGCUGUACGUGGCUCUUUGCGGUUUUGUGUCUCUUCAAGAAGUUCAAGAACUCAAGAACGCCGAAACCGCUGUUUGGUUGUUAACUACGACAGCUUCAACAUUUAACCUGUGCUUUGUAGCUGUUGAUCGCUACAUUGCCAUCCUUCACCCUUUACAUUACCGAGAGACAAUAACUAAAAAGCGAAUCUUGUGGGCGGCAAUUUGCAUGUGGGUUUUUGCCAUCUUGUUCUCCACCAUAAGCUUUUAUCUAUCUUACAACGACUUGCCAAAGCUUUGGAUAAUAGGAUCCAUUGUGACUUUCUUCCUUCCUUUAACAGUGCUUUGGUUUUGCUAUCUUCGCGUUUACAACGUGGCGAAGGCGCAGAAUUCUUGGUGGAAAAGGCACCGCACAUUUAAUUGCCCUGUUCGAGCUGCCGAAGAACUGAAACAUAGAAAAGCAGCUGUAACAUUUGCUAUCAUAACAGGCCUUUUUAUUGUUUUAUUUCUGCCAACACUAGUGGUAAACUUUCUUGCAAUACUAUUAAGAGGCCGCUGUCACAGGCUUCGUAUUAACAUAGCGUGGUUCUGGGUUGCAGCAAUCUCUUAUUCUUCUUCAGCCAUAAAUCCUUGGAUUUACGCCGUUAGAAUGACUGAUUUUCGACGUGCAAUAAAACAGACAUUGUGUAGCAAGGGUGUAAACACCUCUCGCUCUGUGUAAACUAAUUAAAAGUCAUGUUGUCUAUGUCAAACAUUACGAUUUGUAGGAGCUGUAUGAGUGAAUAUUCUUGGCACUAAUAACACGGCGUUGACUGUUCGUUGACCUUUUCUGUCCAAUUUAGAUUUAUUCUAAAAAAAUUUGAGAUUGAACAGCAGUUUCAACACAGAAGACCUCGAGACAGAUGAGUUUCGUCAGGCCCUUGAUAAAUGAUUAAAUUUAAAAAAACGAUAGUGAGCCAGUAGCUAAAAUCAGUCAUAUAAUCAUGAACUUUUGUGCACGUAUAAACAUCAACAUCAGAGUUUAAGUUAUUUCCUGAUUGGAUUCUUCAACCUUGGUCGAUAAAGUUGAAUUUCAACUCAAGCAGCUUUUAAUCGCUUUUUCCUUCAAAAAUCACGCACUUGACCUAAAUUCAGGCGACAGUCGGCCUCGUGUAAAUUGUUUAAAAUGGCCUUUCCUCACCUAGCAAUUUUCAAUUGAGUGUCGAAAGGAACAUAAAAGGGUUGCAUUUACGUGGCUUUGCGCUGUGAUUGGUCCAGAGAACUCCUGCCAUUUUCUCAACCAAUCAGAUACAAAACCUUAUAGCAGCCGCGCUUUGGUCUCUCGCGUUUCCCGCGGUGAGUCCUCAUUUCUUUGUGCUCUUUGAGUUGCUGCUGCUUGGUUCCAUGUGAGUUUUACCUCAGUUCCCCAGGAAAAACUAUUUCAACCCGGCGGGAUGUAUAUAACAAUGAUAAUUUCUAGGCGCCUAGCACAGUUAAAUUUUACUCCAUAUCCUUCCUUGGCAC